AAACGCUCAACGCUCAGCUACGGCACAACGGGAAAAGCGGCAAGCAUACAAAACAAAAGCAACACACAAAUCUGUUUAUUGCUGUAAAAAGCAAACAAGAAAAGUAAACGCCUUUUCAAUGUAAACUUCUAGACGUUUCGUCUAAAGAGUAAACAAACUGUGAUAACGUAAUUAGCACAAAAAGCAACAGACAACGUAACUUAAACUGUGAUUCAAUUGCAUAUACAUACAUAAAUUCUAUAUACAUAUCAGAUACUUAUCUAGUUAGUGACAGUGAUUAAAAAUGCAGCAACAAGAAGAAUUGCAACCAGCGUCAGCUAACUCAGAGGAUCAAGUUGGCGACCCAAUUUUAAGUAGUGGCUUCGUUAGAAGAGACUUUAAUGAUAGCGGAGUUGCUGGAUGUGCUGCUGCUGAUGGCAAGCUCCGUACCAUCUCGACUUCGUCUUGCGCCACGAACAUGUCGACUGAAUCCUACCGCAUCUCUCUCGGCGUAGGGCCUCUGUGGUGGUCCGAUGUCCCUGUCCACCACAGAACAGAUCACGAUAGGGCAUCGCUCUUGACGGGCUACAGCCGGAAGUCUUCGGUCGACUCGGCUGGCGGCAGCUUGUUUGAGGCCAGCUCUCGGGCAUCGUCAUCCUCUUCGUCGUCGGAUGUGUCUGACACGGAGUCGCACGACAUUCAUUCGUUGUGCUCGGAGGACGACUGCCAGGAGGUGUUGCGUCAGAUCUUGCAGCAUGACCAUCCGGUGCAAAUUUCCAUCAAGUUGCACGUCACUGAAGACCAGUCCACCAAUUGGAUGACGAUUUUGAACCCGACCAAUAACAUCUUGUAUGUCGCAUUCCCAACUGAAUUGCCCCCAGCUGGCUCCAAGGAGACCUUCAUCUCGCUUUUGGAGUUCGCCGAGGACAAAUUGGAGGUGGACGGUAUUGUAAUGGUUAUGCGCAAGGAUCAAAUCGAUUGCGGUCGUUUGAUCGAGGCAUUCCUUUUCAUGGGCUUCGAACCACUUUCGAGAAAGUCACCCAAGGCACCACCAGCUGCCGUCAAUGAUAACGAUAACUACUAUUUCCUUUAUACCAUCGAGGAGUAGGCGUUGGAAUGGGCGUUGACAAAACCUCCCAGUCAAACGAUUUAAAAAUGAAACUUACCGAAAAUCCGAAACAUAAAUACUAAACAAUUACAUAUUCCAAGUUAUCCACACCAAUAUUUAAUACCUGUAGUGUUUGCUAUAAUAAUAAUAAUAAUACCAAUAACAAUCCGAGUAGUCGAUCACCAUUAAACAGACAUAUUGACCCACAAUGUGUUCAAUGGAAUAUCAAGUUUCAAAAUUUUAAAACAUCGUAAAAAACAAAUCGUUUAACCUUUUUGUCAACGGGACUUUUUCUAUUGUGUGUAGCCCACAUUUUAUUACCAACAAUGCGUUAGCCACGUUAAGAGCAAGCUUCAACUUGUCGUAAAUUAUUACACAAAAAAUAUAUUCAAAAAUCGAAAGAAAACGUAAAAAAAACUAUUAUAAAUAUGAAAAUGGUAAAAAAAAAAUAAUACAUAUUAGUCUUAAGUUUAUUUGUGAAAUAUUUCAAUACUUAUUAUUUAUGUCUUAUAUAUUUUUGUCACAUUUAUUUGCAUUGUAUUCGAAACAAAAUAUGUUAUACUUAUUACUACUAUACUUUUCUUAAAACAAUACUUUUUUAAAUUCAACAAAUGUAUUUCGUAUAAUCAAUUAUCUUAUUCACAUAUAUAUUAUAUUAUUAUUAUUAUAUUCAGUCUUAUAUACUUAUGUACGAUGAACAGAAGCAUUCUGAAGAAAAAAAACAAGUAUAUUUAUAUAAUGAACUCGUAACACCUUUAACAACAAGCAAA